AUGACAGAAUCUCGGGCUUCGAUUGCUGGUCUGGAAGAGGCGGAUCAGCCGAUGACUCGGAAUGGCCCCGUCGCGGGGGAUCCAAAUCGGGAUUUCAACCACCUCGACGAGGCGCAGACAACCUCUGCAUUAAACGAAAAAGCCGACCUCGGUCGACAACCCUUGAGCAAGCAAUCUGCAAAGGCUCCCUUGACACCCGAGAUCAGUGAGGCACAAGCGACCAUCCGUCAAGCGUUCCCCCACGUCUACUCCUCCAGAAUUCCCUCCGCCCGCACCUCCACUAGCUCCCUACAAGCCCUCAACGAAAACAUAGUCGUUGAUGCCCGGUCGGAAAAUGGCAGCAUCGGACGGAGCCCUCGGAGAGCAUCUCGUCAAUCGGAUACCCAGCCCGAAUUCUCAGCCUAUCCUGACCUCCCUGUCUACCCUGACCAGUCCUAUGCCUCGCUGCAGUCCCAAAUACACCCAACCUGGCAGCCACCGCAUCUCCGACCACGAAGCUCCUACCCAUCGCAGUCCGAACCAGCUCCCCGAACUCAUCCUCGCACUGCUCGUACAGCCGGUAACACCCCCUUGUCGAGCCCAGGGUUAUUCUCGAUGAGAAGCCCUCGAAUCACCCCACCCAAUGUCUCCGAUGAUGAGGGCUCACUCGGAAGCCCAUACCUUCACCCCACGCACAUGCAGCCACCGAAGGAAACACAUACUGCCGAGGUGGAGCGAGAUAUUAUCACUGGAAAUAAACUGGUCAACCAGUACGAAAUUCUCGAGGAGCUUGGGCGGGGUGAACAUGGCAAAGUGAAGUUGGGAAGACACGUUACCACCAAGCAAAAGGUGGCCAUCAAGAUUGUCCAACGGUACUCCAAGCGUCGCCGACUAGGCAAGCUGGGUAACCCGGAGGACAAGGUGAAGAAAGAGGUUGCUAUUCUCAAGAAGGCACGGCAUCCCAAUGUCGUUAGUCUGCUUGAGGUCAUCGAUGACCCGAAUCAACAAAAGGUCUACAUAGUGUUGGAGUAUGUUGAGAACGGUGAGAUUGUUUGGCGGAAGAAGGGAUUACGAGAGAUCGUCCAUGUCGACAAGAUACGGCUUGACCGCGAAAAGGCUGGAAUCCCUGAUACCCCGGCCUUCCUGCAGGAGAGCCAACAGUUCAUCAGGACGGCUCAACACCUACGUCGGCAACGAGAAAGGGCACGAGAGCGGGUCGAAGCGCAGGCCGCAGACGCACAACAAGGGCCUAUUCCAGGCUGGAGUUUGGAGCACGGUGCUGAAUCAUCAGAUGAAGAGGACGAAGGCUUAGGGCUAGCUAUCCGAAGAUCGUCCACCCGCUCUGUUGCGGUUACCGAUGAUACUUCCCCCAGUCAGUCCUCUGCCCAAGAGUCACUCGCAGCUAUUGAAGGGAGUAUGUACGGUGCUUACACCGACUACUCCUUUGAGCGGCGGUUCAGCACAGCUUCUAGCAGCUUUGGCUAUGCUCCGUCUGAGCCGGAGUGGGCUGCAGAUUGCGACGACAUGUCGUAUGUGCCUUGUUUGACGAUCAACGAAGCGCGCAGUGCAUUCCGAGAUUCAGUCCUUGGAUUGGAGUAUCUCCACUACCAGGGUAUCAUUCACCGUGACAUCAAGCCGGCCAAUUUGCUAGUCACUGGUAGCCAUCGUGUCAAGAUCUCUGACUUCGGUGUCUCAUACUUGGGACGACCCAUGCGCGAUGAGGAAGAAGAGCAAUUGGAGGCGACUGACGCGACUGAGCUAGAUGAUGCCCGUGAGUUGUCUAAGACUGUUGGUACCCCGGCUUUCUACGCUCCCGAACUUUGCUACACUGGUGACGACUUUGUUGAAACCAUUGGCACUAUUCCCAAGAUCACUGGUGCUAUCGAUGUAUGGUCUCUGGGAGUCACAUUGUACGGGAUGGUGUUUGGCCGUCUCCCCUUUGUGUCCGAUGAUGAGUACAGCAUGUUCCAGACUAUUGUCAAAAAGGAGGUCUUUAUCCCGCGCAAGCGCCUUGUGCCCGUCAAGGAUGAGUCUACUGAAGGGAUCCAGAGAUUCUGCCGUGACGCCGGUGAACUGGUGUAUGAGGACAUUGACGACGAGCUGUACGACCUUCUGCGACGGUUGUUGACCAAGGAUCCGAUUCGUCGCAUCACAUUGAAAGAGAUCAAGCAUCACCCCUGGACCUUGUACGGUCUGCCCAAUCACCGUGCCUGGGUAGAAGAGUCAGACCCCGGCUAUCAGAGCAAAGGCAAGCGCAUCGAGGUCUCGAACGAGGAGGUCACCAGCGCCGUCAGCAAGGUGCCUUUCAUUCAGCGUGUUCGAUCCAACGUCGCCAAGUGGUUCUCUGGUCGUUCCUCAAAGGACAAGGAAAGUCGCAAGCGUACCUCGACGAAUUCUUCGGACACGCUAUCUUCGAUGUCGAGUACCAGCACAUUUGGGAAGGCUUCUCGUGGUGGUACAGACAGUCGUCGAUCCAGCCUACGCGGGGAUGAGGAAGUCUUCCGCUCAUCUAAGUUUGGAGGUCAAGGCGAGCAUCCGCUGGCACAGAGCGUUACUGCUAGCCCGGUAGAGGAGGAAAUUAGCUGGGCCACAUCCUACUUCCCGCUACACGAGCUCAAGCCUUAUGCGCCUUAUUCCCAUUCUCAGGCUCAUGCUCGCGACACUGCUCCCGCUCCAGUACCGACUAUUCAACGACCUGCUGGUCCGCGACGUGCCAAGUCGUCGAUGUCUACCGCUGAAUCCACCAAGACAGUGAAGCCAUCCAGCUUUGACUCACACAGCGCUGUGCGUCCCCGAACAGGCGCAAUUAUUGAAGCCUUGGGAACAACCAGCCUCGGUAGCAUUUUCAGCGGCGCCACUAAGCGUGCAUCGGGCGCGUUUGGUUCAAGUCGCAGCCGACGCAGCUCGCCAUCUGGUGAGACUGCGUCCCUGGAUGGAGACCGUCACUCUGAGCCUAGUCUCGCUGUGAGCAAUGCCUCUGCGACCGGCCACUUGCGAACAACUGGUUUGUGGCAGGCUGCGAUUCCCCCGCCCUCCAACACCCCUUUGUCAGCAUCAGCUCACCGACGCAACCGGUCGCAGCAGCUUGCGGGUAAAUCAUCCGCAGAGUCUUUCCAUCUCACCAAGGAGGCGCUUUUGCGCCGACGGAGAAGCGACAUCGAGCCCUGCGCCGAUGAUGCUUUGGCUCCUAGAGUCGCAAGUGCAAAUGCCAUGUACUCAUCAGACUCCCUAUACUUGCCGUCACUAGCUCCUCCAGAGCCUGUAUAUCCUGCGGACCGUCCCCGCAGUGGCCUGAUCAACUCCACCCCUUCCGCUGCCACUAUAUCUUCCUCCUCAGCCGAUGAUUUCACCAGCGGCAUGUCCCAGAGUGCUUCUCACCCAAGCAUUCCGUCUGUCGUCUCCGGAGCCUCUUCGCUCUCCGGCGAUGGUCUGUACCUUAAUGCCAAAGACUCCGAUGUUCCGUCAAUCCUACGAACCGGUGAGACCGUCAAAGCUUACCACUCAAGCUCGCUACGUCCCGAGGAAGACGAAUCCAGGUACUACUGUGACGACGAAGACGAGGAUGAAUCUGAAGAAGAGAUUCUAGUGAUCGGCAAGAAGAAGCCGCCUACCGAGAACAAGACCAAGCCCACUCUCCGAACAUCUGGUUGA